UUAACAACCGAUAAAAACAUGGAAAAAGUGAAAGAAAUGGUUAUGAACGAUCACCGAAUCACAAUCAGAGGAGUUGCUGAUGAUGUUGGCAUAUCGAUAAGUUUAUACACAAUUUUUUGCCAAAAACACCUGACCCCUAUAUAAUUUAAAUUGUUAAAUUUAUGAAAAAAAAAUUGGAGCGUAAAAAUGUCUAUACUCUAUAGGAUAC